AUGUCGAGAAAUGAUGGAUUGUCCCAGUACAUUGUCAUGCGAAGAUUGCCACACGCCGCGAGGGAAGCAGAUAUUCGGUCUUUCCUAAAAGUGAAAUGGCGCUCCAUAACAAAGCGCUGGGGAGACGACCAAGGCGAGAAAGGGGAGGGCCGCCCGUUGGAUAAUUGUUAUGAAAGUUUGCUCGCUGGAUUUAUCAACUUAGCAGAUUCGUCGAAUGACUGUUGCCGUUGGGCUUUGGAUAUUUGGAUCAGUGUCUGCCUGUUCGGCUUAUUUGCAUUAAUCAGCAUGACUAUCGUGAACAUCGCGUUUCCCAUGGAUGUGGUGAGGUUGCAUGCGGUCGGCAUAUGCUACGUUGAGUUGGAAGAUAUUCAGUCAGCAAAAGAGGCUGCGAGGAGGUUUAACUGCAAAAAACUGGGCGAACGUACAGUUCACGUAAGUGUGGUCAACAGUAGUACUGCGGAGACGCUAGUGCGCCAUGGAGUGCUUGGAAAAGACAGCAGCGUACAAAGUUGUCCAGUUAUAACUGUCUUGAACUUACCCUUUGAUGCUUCUGAAGAAUAUGUUAAGAACUUGUUCAAAGGUGAGCAUCUCAUACGUCAUUUGUCCUAUUUCCUAUUUCUGCUCGCACCAGGAUGGGAUUUUGCAUGUGUACUUACCCAGUAA